AUGAACAGGACCAUAGCCACGGAGCUGAUCCUUCUGGGCUUCUCCUAUGACCCAUCCGUGAACAGAGUCUUAUUUGUCUUAUUCUUUGUCAUCUACGUUGUAACUAUUGUCACCAAUAACCUGAUCAUUGGGAUCAUUCUCACAAGCGCUGACCUCCACACCCCCAUGUAUUGCUUUCUCGCCAUCCUGUCCUUUAUGGACUUGUGUAUUUCCACCACAGUGGUGCCCCGAUUACUGACAGACCUCAUCUCUACUCAGCGAUCCAUAACCCUCGGGGCUUGUGCCCUACAGUUCUACACUUCACUUCUUUUAGGAGGAACCGAGUGUCUUCUUCUCGCCUUCAUGGCUUAUGACCGAUAUGUGGCCAUCUGCCGGCCACUCCGUUACCCUGUGCUGAUGAGAUGGAGCAUCUGUUAUCGGCUGACGGCUAUCCCGUGGAUAUUGAGCUUCUUUGCUUUCGUGUUCCCUUCUUUCUUUAUGCCUAUAGAUCUGUGUUAUCCAAACCAAGUCAACCACUUCAUGUGCGAGAUCAUGGCCGUCACAAAGUUGUCGUGUAUCCAUGUACUUCUCAUCUGUUUUCUUUGUCUUUUUAUUCCAUUUGUCUUUAUUAUUGUUUCUUACGCUUGCAUUAUAUCGUCUGUGUUAAAGAUCCAGUCUGCGGGUAGAUCUAAGGCUUUCUCCACCUGCACCUUCCACAUCUCGGUGGUGGUCUUGUUUUUUGGGACCGGAAUGACCAUGUACUUUGGGUCCUCGUCAGCUUACUCCACCAACCAGGGGAAAUAUUUCUCUGUGUUCUUCAAUAUUAUCUGCCCCAUGCUGAAUCCUUUAAUUUACAGCCUGAACAACAAGGACGUCAAAGUAAAAAUGAAGAAGAUGGUGACAUUUUGUAGUCUUCAUGGACUCACAUGA